AUGGCGGAUGGUCUAAACCCAUUCGAAGAAGAUUUGAUUGAAAAUGAAUUUGAAGGCACUGAAACACCCACAGAAGACAACCAACAAUUACAAUCGGAAAAGAAGGAAGCACCGGAUAUAUCUUGGGACUCCAUUGCUGCUAAGUUAUUGGGGGAUAAUUACAUACUGACUGCUUUAGAGCUGCACACAGAAUUGGUAGAAACUGGUCGAGAACUACCUCGAUUGAGAGAUUACUUUUCAAAUCCUGGAAAUUUUGAAAGAACCAAAGAUGACAGUCCUUCACCUACACUACCAAGGACUUCAAGUGUUCAGACAUUUGAUUCAUUGGAUUUUGCUCGUUAUUCUGAUGAUGGAGAGAGACAAGUUGAUGAGAGAGUUGCUGUCUUGGAAUUUGAAUUAAGAAAAGCUCAUGAAACUAUUCGCUCAUUAAGAGCUACUUUAACAAGAGAGGCAGAGAAAGAAAUGGUAACACCAGAAUUUACUGAUACUAGUCAAGGUAUGGCUACUGAUGAUGUGAUGAGACCCAUGGAGAAUAGAGCUUUAAACUUUCUAGUGAAUGAAUAUUUGUUACUAAAUAACUAUAAAUUAACAGCAGUCACUUUCUCUGAAGAAAAUGAGGAACAGGACUUUGAAGAUUGGGACGAUGUUGGGUUAAAUGUAUCACGACCACCAGACUUAUUAUCACUAUUUCGUGAUUUUGGUAAUCACAUUAUACCUAGUAAAGAAACUAGAGAUUUUGGUUGUGAAACUGAUAUGGUAGAUGAACAUCUUGAAGAAAUGGAGGUUGAUUUGACAAACUGUAAAUUACAAUUAGAACAAAGAAUCAAUGACUUAGAAGAUGAGUUACAGAUGCUACUACAAGAAAGAGAUAUUCUGGCUGAACAAGUUAAAAUUCUAAAAAUAAACAUUCCCCUCCAUUCCAUGCCUGCACCCCCUAAAUCAAACCGUUCAGAAUCUGUAACUAGUUCUACAAGUUUUACAAAUAUCUCGGAAACACCAACUAUGACUGAUUCUGAAGCUAGUUAUCAGCCAAUCACAGACAGCGAGACAAAUUCACCUGGUAGUGAUAUUAAUGAAGAUGUUACUAUAGUAACAAAUGGUAAUAUGGAAGACAGUUUAAGGUUAGAUGAUGAAAUAAAAACAGAUGUAGUUGAUGCUGAAGGCAGUGGAAAUAAACAGCAAUAUAAAGAUCAGGAUAAAACUUUGGUAGAUACAUCAUCUUCAUUCUGUAAAGCUCUACGAGAGGUAGCAUUCCAUGUAUCUAAUGAUAAUAGAAUAACACAAGAAGUAUGUAAGAUUAAUAAUAUAGAUGAUGAAGGUGUUAUAAGAUUACUAGCUAGAUGUUUACCACAUAUUGUACCUAAUGUAUUGUUAGCUAAACGUGAGGAAUUAAUACCAGUUAUUAUCUGUACAGCUAUGUUACAUACAGAUAGUAAAGAAAGAGACAAUUUAUUAAAUAUUUUGUUUAAUUUGAUUAAAAAACCUGAUGAUGAACAAAGGCAAAUGAUACUAACAGGUUGUAUAGCUUUUGCUGAAACUGUGGGUCCUACGAGAUUAGAAACAGAAUUAUUACCACAAUGUUGGGAACAGAUUAGUCAUAAAUAUGUAGAAAGAAGAUUGUUAGUGGCUGAGGCUUGUGGUGCUUUAUCUUCUUAUCUUACAGCUGAAAUCAGAUCAUCACUAUUACUAUCCAUGUUAACUCAGAUGUUAGAAGAAGAUAAAGAUGAAGAUGUUCGUGAGGCUGUAGUUCGUAGUUUAGGUUUAUUGUUAGGUUUUAUCUGUGAUAAUGAUAAAUAUAUCCAGGGAUUUGAAUUGUUAAAGAAAUCAUUUAAAGAUGGUUCAGAGAAAGUUUUAACAGCUUGUCUACAUGUCUUUUUACCAUCUUUUGCCAGCUGGUCGUACGAAUUGGGCAAACUUGAACAUCAUCUUUUACAUUCUAUUUUACGAGAACUGGAGGAAAUAAGAUCAUCAACCUGUACCAAUAUACCAUUAGAUGAACAUCGCUUUUUAUUAUUAGUAUCUCAACUACAAGAAUUAGUACCAUUCCUGUUUUUAUCCGUCCUAGAAUCUGGUCCUUUUCUUAAGAAAUUAAAAACACAGAAGCAUAUAGAACCUGAUGAAGAUGAUAGAUUUCCUGUAUCUAGCUGUAAAUUAACAGAUAUUAAUAUAAUAAUAGGAGAUAAACAAUAUCUCUAUCAUUUAUUAUCUCUAUAUGAAGAUUAUAUCAGUGAAGAAUGGUAUGAACCAUGGGACCAAUUGAACUGGGUUGUAAAUAAUUUUAUACCUCGUUUAUUAGAUAUAACAGAGGGUAUUGGGCUUUCAUUUCAUAAAGUCAUAAGUGCUUUAAGUAGAUUGAUACAUAGAAUAUGUAGAACAUUUGGUGAAACAUUUACCAGAACUAAGGUGAAGCCAAAGUUUGAAGAAUUAGUUAGUUUACCAGAUGAUAUUUUAGAUUAUCAGGUUAAUUUGGGUCAUACAGCGUUAACUAGUUGUAUUAUACCUGUUUAUAGUGUUGGAGUUUUGUCAUUGUUUCAUUCAGAGAAAGAUAAAGAAUAUUUAUCUCAGUUUUUAAAGAAAGUUUUAUUUACUCUGUCAUUUUGUCGUGGAUCUUUAGAUGGCUUAAAAUCAGCUUUCACUGAGUUAAGUUUGAAAGAAUCAAAUCAUGAAUUAUUACUAGUAGUAUUAUGGGAUGGAGUUGUCCAUUCUUCACCUCUGGUCAGAGCAUCAGCAGCUUCAAUGUUUGAGCUGCUGAUUAAAGGUAUUGAUGAUAUAUUAAUAUCAACUCGGGUUGUACCAGCUCUAGUUACUCUAGCAAAUGAUCCUGAAACGGCAGUAAGAAUCUCAACUAUACCAUCUAUUGGUGCUAUUUUAGAAAACAAUACAAAUAGAAGUGUUUUAGAUAGAGUUUAUAUGCAGCUACAAACAUUUUUUGAUGAUCCAAUGUACAGAGAUCAACAUGAUAUGCAAGUUGAAUUGAUAAGAACUUUGGCUGGUGUUGGAGCAAACACUGAACCCAAGUUUCGAGAGGAAUUUUUAUUACCAAGAUUAGCUGGAAUGGCUUUAGCUAAUAAUAAUACAAGUAACGAUACCAAGAGAAGAGAUAUUGCAAUGCAGUUAUUUGAAGCUUACAGUGCAAUGUCAUGUUGCUUUAUCAAUGAUCAGUUGAUAUUAGAAGCUAUGUUACCUGGAUUAAGAUGUUUAAAACAAGAUAUGGCUCUGAUAGCACCUGAACAUGAGGAAGUUGUAGUAUCCAUGAUAAAGGAAUAUGAAACCAAAAUGGAUGCCAGCAGAUCUGUUGAAAGGUAA